UAUUGUCAAGAUGUCAAGCAAGUGGCAAGCGAGUGAAAAAUAUUGAGCUAGUUUCAUCCUUCUACUUUAUAAAAUAUUAUUCUAAUUGCUGAUUUUUCUUCAAAAAAGUUUUUCAAAAUUACAUCUGAUAUAAUAAUUUUUAGUUACUAGUGGGCACUGAAAGAACAGUUAUUUUAUGUAAAUAGUUUUUGAACAAAAUGUGUUGAAUGAAACAUAACCUAUUAGAAUAAUUGAAAGCAAAAUAUCACAAAAUUUUAGUUGAUUUUGAACAUUCAUUUUCCUUAAGUAUUCUCUAUUUCUCUUGUGUUAGAUUUUUCAAAAUGUGAUAAUCUCUUCAUGAUAUAGUUGCUGGCAGUUGAAUUUUUAUUGGAUCAAAUACUGACAAGUUGAAAUUUUAUUAAUCAAUAGAAUGUAUAGUUUUGAAGGUAAAUUUAAAUCAUCACCUGAACAAAAUCUAGCUGGUGCAAGCAGAAAAGAGGGACGGAAUGAAUUGCUACAAAGAGCACAUUUGGAAAGGAUGAAACGCGAGGAAAGUCGCCAGAGACAGCACAGUGCAGUUUGCAUCCAAUCUCUUAUACGGAGGUUUCUCUGCAGACAGAAGUAUCUUGCUAUUGAACGUCAGGAAUUUGAUGAGAUAGUGAAGCGCCUCGGAUCAAAUCUUCCCGAUGAAUCAACUUUUACCGUUCUUAUCCAGAAACUCUUGUUUUUCUACCAGAGAAGUUUGGAUGGUUCGCGCUUGCUGUGGAUUUCCAAUCAUACCCUACGGCACUACACACGACUUCUGAUCACUGUUAACCAGCCUGAAAGUCAAAUAUGGCGUUGGCGAUUGAGCAGGCUGUUGCAUCUUAAUUUGAAUUUUCUCGUGGACCAAUCAAGUAGCAGAGAAUCUCUGGCAACACCCUUGCGGCUAUUCGAAGUCUUCACUUCUCCUGAAUCAAUUGAAAAGGCUCUAUCAAAGGAUUUAACAACUAGUUUCUUGAUACAGAUUUAUGGCCAGCUGGUGCAGAACAGUAGUUACGUGGAGCGGAUUCGCCAGCUGUUGGAUCAGCUGACUCCCCCUCUGCUGGGACCAUCGGCCAACCCCCCCACUGCCCUCGCCGCCUGUCUGCUCAGCAUGCUGCAAAGGCCACUCCUCCUAGUCACCGCUUCUCCACCAAACUCCUUCUUCAAUGAGACGCUGAUGGUGGAGAUGUGUCGACACAUAUUCUGCAAGGAGAUGAGUGAGCCGAUCAAGUGGUUUGUGCUGCCUGCGCUGGCCGAGUGGACGGACUUCCCGUUCUUGCCUCUUCUGCGCACCAUCUCCACCUGUCAACCUCCCCCCACCACCACGCUCCUCUACUCCGUGCUAGUCCUCGAAAAAAGACUGACCAGCUCAAAUGCUGACAUGGUAGGCGAGUAUCUGAAUGUGCUGGCCGUAUUGAGCUGCAACUUCACCAAUUUGGCGUCAGUCAACAAUCAGAAUGAAGACGAAGAAGAAGAGACUGAAGAGGACACAUUAAAAAUCUCAAAAGAGGAAGUACAGAUGCUGAAAGAGUGUGAAGAAUUAAUAAAUGACAAUAAUGUUGUGCAAUGUCUACUGUACGGCGUGACUCUAUCAAACGAAAUGAUAUUCCCCAUGUGCCAGAUAUGUCACAGUCUUCUAAUGGCCGACAAACUGGCAAUUUACAAGUACAAGGUGCUGUCUUCGCUGGCGCUGCGCGACAACUUCCUGAACGAGUUGUGGGCAGCUAUUGUCGGCCUGCAGCAGCCGUCGCUGUUUGGCGCUCCAGUCGCGCUGCUCACGGUCAUCUCGCGCGGCAAAUGUCUCACGGCCGAAGACACGCGGCGCAUUGUGCCCAUGCUGGCCACCUUCUGUGCACUAUUCGCGCUGCUCGCGCGCACGCUACACGACGCCGAGUUCUACGGCGACCAGGAUGACGCUACCAGUUCGACAAGUGGCCAGAAACUGAGGUUUUCGAUAGCCACGCUGGUGGAAAUGAUAGUGAGAAUCAAGGAAGUGGCACUUCGGCUGGUGGAGUUGGCAUUUCCGGAGUCGUCGCUCAGUGUCAGCGGUCAGUAUCGCAAUGUCAUCCAAUCGGAACCAAUCACUGCGGCCAAUACUCACAUGUGGAACCAUCUUUUUAAGGCGAGCGUUUCCUUGCUGAGGCAACUGUACGCGCGUGACCUGCGACGCCAGUUCUGUCCCGAGGAGCACUGGGUGUCCAAGGCCAUCCAGCUGCCAGUCGAGAACGCAGCCGACCUGCGACUCAACCGUGGUCGUCUGCGGCUGCGGUCUGGCAUCUUCUGCAAUCCAUCGCGCAUGAUUCUGUCCGGGUCAUCGCUGGCUAAAGAGGACAUGGAGGAGGGCGUACCAUUGACAACCAGAGAGAUUCGAACGUUGGCAAUUCUUCGUGAUCUACCAUUUGUAAUUCCAUUCAUGGAAAGGGUGCACGUAUUUCAUAAUCUAGUUAUGAAAGACAAGCUGAUUUAUCAGAACCCCGACCGGCAUAUCCUCCGUGAGACAGUGAUCCAUUUAUAUGUGAGGAGGAACUAUAUAUAUGAGGAUGCUUUCGAUAAGCUGUCGCCGGAAAACGAGUCGGAGUUGCGUGUAGCAAUGCGAGUGCUGAUGGUGAACGCGGUGGGCCUGAACGAGGCGGGUAUCGACGGAGGAGGCGUGUUCAGGGACUUCCUGACAGAGCUGCUCAUCACCUCGUUCGAUCCCAACCGGGGCUUCUUCAAGAUGACAAACGACAACCUGCUCUACCCAAAUCCACACGUGCAUCUGCUGCAUCCAAACUUCAAGGACCAUUACUACUUUAUUGGCAGGAUGCUCGGCAAAGCCCUGUAUGAAAACUUAUUGGUAGAGUUACCGUUGGCUGAGUUUUUCCUCUCGAAACUUGUCGGUCGACACUCAGAUGUCGACAUCCAUCACCUGGCAUCACUCGACUCAGUCAUGUACAAGAAUCUAUUGUUCUUGAAGAAUUACGAAGGCAACUUUGCUGAGUUGGGACUGGACUUUACCGUUGUUAACGAUGAACUUGGCGAAACCACUGUGGAGGAAUUGAAGCCAAAUGGACGAAAUAUUCCAGUGACGUCUAUAAAUAGAAUAGAAUACAUCCAUCUUGUCGCUGAUUAUAAGCUGAAUAAACAAAUAUAUGCGCAGUGUUUGGCUUUCAGACAGGGUCUGGCAAAUGUUGUACCUCUGGAGUGGUUGCAAAUGUUCAGCGUAAAAGAAGUGCAAGUUCUAAUAUCAGGGGCCCAAGUGCCCGUAAAUGUUGAAGACCUCCGACAUCAUACUCUCUACAGCGGUGGUUAUACGGACGACCACCCGACGAUAGGCUACUUCUGGGAAGUGCUUGAAGACUUUACCGAUCUGCAACGGCGACAGUUGCUCAAGUUUGUCACAAGCUGCUCCCGACCACCUCUACUUGGAUUCAAAGAUUUGAACCCACCAUUCUGCAUUUUGAACGCUGGGACCUCGGAACGGCUUCCAACCGCCAGUACCUGCAUGAACCUACUGAAGCUGCCUCAGUUCCAGGACAAGGAGCUACUAAAAAAGAAACUGCUCUACGCCAUUCAGUCUGGAUCCGGCUUUGAGCUCAGCUAACGAAACUACUCUCUUCAAGGUUUUGCUAUCUCCAUCUGUACAUCAAACUUCAAUCCGAAUUUGCAUGCUUUUCCUAAUUUCUCGUUCCAAAUUAGAAUUACGACAAAACCUUCAAAUCCUCAAUCCAUUAUUUUAGUAGUUUGAUGUUGGUACUUGAAUACUUGCGUCAUUCUUCUCCAUUUGUAUUAUCUCUAGAAAUGUGUCAAUUUCAGUGUGAAAUUACAAUAAAUCUAUUGAAAAAGAGUAAGUGAAUGUGUAUAAAAAUAUAAUAUCAUUGUAUAAAGCUGAGUGAUUAUCAAAUUUUUAUUUCAUCACAUUAUGAACUGAAAAUAUGUAAAAUUUCUUACUUAUUGUAAAAAAUCAGUGAGUUCUAUAUUUUAUUCUCAAUCCAUUGGUUGGUGUUUAGAAAUAGCUAACUUGAUUAUUUAUAUAUUCAUUUUCAACCCGAUUAUUAAAGUUUUGUUUAAGAUAA